GAACACAAAAGGUGAGAGUACUUGGCCAACUUGGUUUCGUCAGUGUCGCGCGUGCUAUUCGUAUGUUUAUACUGGUGUUUUUUUUUCCUACUUCUGUGUGGCCAUUUGUUUGUUUACGUUUCAUCGCGCUUUUUUUACAACAAAAAUGUAUUUUUGAUUCUUUGUUCGCCUUGUUCCGCUGUUUGACUGUGCAGUUUUUGUGCAUGACAAUCUUUUUGCUUGCAUUCUUCGUUUCUUUCUUACAUUUAUUUUCAAGCGAAAUCGUUCUAUAGCCGUAGUUGUUAUUCGGCUAUAGUUCGAUGUCGAUGUAACGAUAGACAUCGAUGUCGUCGUCCCAAAACGACUGAUAAAUCAAGGAGAGAGAUACAGAUUUUUCGUUGCUUUCGUAUACACAGAGAGAAACAUUCUAUUUUCGUUUUUGUCGUCAUUCUAUUGUUGUUGUUACACUUGCAUUGCCGUAUUUUGUGUUUUCCAUUCGCAGUUAGUGUGUGUGAUUCCUGUCAAAAGUGUGCGAUUUCCGUGACAUCGCCGCAUAUUUUGACCCAAAAUUGUUGUAAAUUUCAGAUUUUCAACAUCAAAUCUACUCAUUCGAAUGAAAAGACGAACAAUUCCUCACAAAAAAGAAGCAGAGAAAAAAAACAUUUGUGUUUACAUAAAGCUAAAUUUCAUUGUGUACUCGAAAACAAUACGCGUUUUUGUUGUCUCCAUUCUCGUUACAGAUUUUCAUUCAUUUCGGCCAAAAAUCCGAUCAUAUCACAUGAAACAAAAUCAAAAAAAAAAAAAUACAAAAUGUAAAACGCAUAACUACACCGAGUGACAGUUGCGAAAUAAACAACAUAUUAUGUAUAAGAACAUGACGUAUAGAAUAGACUGAUAGACAAUAUAUAAUAAUUUUUUUGCCCGAAUUUAUGCAAUCGCUGAGCGAAAUGUGCAACAUUUGACAUACACUUUAUCGCACGCAUUGCUCUCUCACUACACUCUCACACACGAACGAUAAAGCGGGAAAAAGAAACCGCGCGUAAGAAUGUUGCGAUGUACGAUCAUCGCUUUCAGUUUAUUACGCUUCGAUUCAUUAUUAUUUCAUCAUUGCUAGUGCAGUUAUGCACCAUGGAAGUGGAUGAGAAAAUAGAGGAGAACAACAGGCAAAUGCCGGAUUUUUCCAGCAUUCGAGGCAAAAAGGCACUCAUCAGCCCAACACAUGAACAAUUCGAUUUAUUGAAGAAAUUAUUGGAAAAUCGCAUUAUUGACAGCGGCGGCGAAACGAUUUUCGAAAUUGGCGCCGGCGACAACGAAGAAAAUGGACUUGAACCAGAUGAAUAUGAUGCUUCCGUGGCAACAUUUCAAUCAUUAGCGGCUACUCUGAAUGCAGACUGUGUUGAAUUGCGACAGCGUCCAUCGGACAAGGGAAUGACAGGACAAUUUUUGAUUCGAAGGCGGGUUGAUCAAGAUGAUUUUAUGGAAAUUAGAGUUGCUGUAGUUGGUAAUGUAGACGCUGGCAAAUCAACGCUGUUAGGAGUGCUGACACACGGUGAAUUGGACAAUGGCAGAGGACAUGCCAGACAGAGGCUAUUUCGACACAAGCACGAAAUGGAAAGCGGUCGAACCAGUUCGGUGGGCAACGAUAUUUUAGGAUUCGACAGUGUGGGAAAGGUUGUUAAUAAGCCAGAUCAUGGUACACUGGAUUGGGUGAAGAUUUGCGAGAAAUCCGCUAAAGUGAUAACAUUCAUUGAUUUGGCCGGUCAUGAACGUUACUUGAAAACUACCGUGUUCGGAAUGACGGGACACGCGCCAGAUUUUGGAAUGUUAAUGAUCGGUGCAAAUGCUGGUAUUGUUGGAAUGACAAAAGAGCAUCUUGGUUUGGCGCUGGCAUUGUCCGUGCCGGUGUUUGUGGUGGUCACCAAAAUCGAUAUGUGUCCACCGAAUAUUCUCCAAGACAAUUUAAAAUUGUUGUGCAAAGUGUUAAAAUCGCAAGGAUGUCGUAAGGUGCCGGUGAUGGUUCGAACAUCGGACGAUGUUGUGCUCAGUGCUACGAAUUUCGUGUCGCAACGUUUGUGCCCAAUCUUUCAAGUAUCAAAUGUUACGGGUGACAAUUUGGAUCUGUUGAAAAUGUUCCUUAAUUUGUUGACAACGCGAAUGGGUGGAAUGGAGAAAUAUCCGCCCGAAUUUCAAAUCGAUGACACUUAUUCAGUUCCGGGUGUUGGCACAGUGGUAUCGGGUACAACGUUACAAGGUGUAAUUCGACUGAAUGACACAUUGCUGCUGGGUCCAGAUGCAUUGGGACAUUUCACACCGAUUGCCAUCAAAUCGAUCCAUCGAAAGCGAAUGAAUGUCGGCGAGGUGCGUGGCGGUCAAACGGCCAGUUUUGCAUUGAAGAAAAUUAAACGGUCGCAAAUUCGAAAAGGAAUGGUACUCGUGAGCCCUGAACUCAAUCCAAAAGCCUGCUGGGAAUUUGAUGGUGAAAUCGUUGUACUGCAUCAUCCGACCACCAUAUCGUCACGAUACCAAGCGAUGGUGCAUUGCGGCAGUAUUCGUCAAACCGCAUCGAUAUUGUCAAUGUCAAAGGAUAUGCUAAGAACAGGUGACAAAGCCCGUGUUCGCUUCCGAUUCAUCAAGCAUCCCGAAUAUUUGCGGCCACAGCAACGGUUGGUGUUCCGUGAGGGACGCACAAAAGCCGUGGGCAAUGUCAUCGAACCCAUCACAAAUACGGUGCAUCGACCAAAUGCCAAUCAAAAGCCACAAAAAAUGCACUCAAGAGGACAAUCGAAGCAGCAACAGCAUCAGCACCAGCAACAGCAGCAGCAGCAGCAGCAGCAGAACGAAAAUCAAAACCAAAAUCCAAAUGCACAGCGUGAACCACCGGCUGGCGGCGGUGUCGGCACCAUCGGCCAAACGGUUGGUGUAAAAGACGCAGAUCUGGUCAAAAAUACAGCACUACCAAUGGACGGUGUCAUCGCAAUUGGCGUCGACAAACGUGACUUACACCAUCGUGGCCGAACGAAACGACAAAAUUAAUCCAACAACCCAAACCCAACCACAUAUAAUUUACCAAACUUUUUUUUCUCCUUCACUUUUCUUGAUCUUUCUCAUGAGUACGAUUUUUUUUUUGCUUGGAUUCAGUUGUUGCUCCGAAAGAAAGAUGAAAAAAGAAAAUGCUUUGUCAUAGGCUAAACAAGCAACUUUGAUCAAUUCGAUUGAUACUGUAGGAAAUGUCAGUCGCUGAACGACGAAGUUUUAUGUUUAUUCAAAGCAUUCUUAUGAUUCGUCAUUUUUUUUUGGUAGAAACAAUUGCCCUUUCUACGCUCAACUAUGAUCUAAACACAAAAUGUAAAAUGUAAAAACUGUAGCAAUUUUGACACUUCUUCAUUUAAGAAAAUCGUUCUUUUUCGUUUCGUUUGCAUGAUUCUUCUUUUUUUCAUACGUUUUUUUUUUCAUAAACCAUACGAAUGAAUGUCGUAGCAAAUUAAAAAAAAAGAAAGAAGAAUAAGAGAAGUUUAGAAGAAAAGAUGAUAUAUUUUUCGAAGAAAGAAAAUGAAAUCAACUAAGAUUUCAUACCAUUUUACCAAAAUGUAUAAUGAGCAAUGGAUCCACACUUAAUAAAUACAAUUUCAUGAUGAAUUCAAA